CGGGGAUUGGUAUGGUUGGCCCCUCAAAACUAAUUUGGGCAGCAGAAAGUUUCUGAGAUGGCAAAACAAUUACCACCCAUGGCAACGGUCUCUGAUUCACCAGAAGAUAGUCCAAACCCUAAUCCACCACCAUCGCCGCCCAGCGAUUUCCCUUCUAAAAGCGAAUCGAAUGCUCCCGAACAAGUCACUCCAUGGAUGGAUUCCGCUGUGGAGCAAGCUCUUCUAUACCAGAAGAUCAUCGAACAGAACGUUAACGACGCUAUCAAAGCUUCUAGAUCUCGACUUUCAGAAAUUCGCUCCACCUCCUCAGCUCAUUUUAAUCUAACCAUUGAGUCACUUAAAGAUGUCAAAUCACAACUUGAUGUUUACGAGGAUUUGGCAUUCGGCAAAGUUAAAGAGGGGAUUAAUAUUGCAGCUUCGAAUCCAUUGAUCACCGGCGGUGCUGCUGUUGGCUUGGGAUUCCUGGUACUUAAAAGGCCAAGACAUUUACUGUAUUACAAGACUUUGCGUCUUUUUCAGAGCGAAGAGUCCUUGAUUUCCAAAGCUGAUAUUAGAGUAAAGGAACUGAGACAAUCAAUUGACCGUCUCAAGGCUGAAAGUGAGAAGUUAGAGCGAAGUGCAUCAGUAGCCGAAGACGAGCUGAUCCGUGGCCGGACAAAACUCAGGCAAGCGGGCAAGCAGAUCCGAAGUGUAAUUCAGUCAGCUUAUAAGAUUGAAAGACAAGCAGCAGGACUAAAAGAUACCCUUGGAGAACUUCCAAGCAGAGAAGCAUCUCGGUUUCGAUCGCAGGUUUCCAACCUUGCGUCUCAGGCAAAGCGAGAACGGAAUGUUUUGACAAAGGAGGUUUCAAAAAUUAGUAAUCAUGGAAUUGCAGUUUGAUGCAUCUCCUGUCCCUGCUAUUUUGUUAAGUUCACAUAUCACUGUUUUCAUCACUAACACAAGAUGUUUUGAGUGAAUACAUUUUGGGUGGAGGUUCUAUCAUUAUAUUCAAAUUUUAAUUGGAGCCUGAUGUUUACACGUCGGGGAACAUGUAUAAAAUAAACAAACUUCCUACAUGAAUUUUAGUAUUCCAUUUUUAGGGCCUUGGUUUCUGAACUUAGAAGGUCUCAAGGCCUCUUAGUUUGGUCCAAUCUAUGGAAAUAGAAUUGUAGUAAACCAGCACGAAUAUGUCAUUAACCCUAUGUCUGGGUUGUGAGAAAAAUAAAUUAUUAAUCACAAAGGGAAGCAAGUGAUAUAUUAUAGUUCUUUCAA